UAAACUACUCUGUUAUAGGUUGGGUUAAUGAUGGACUGAUCUUUGGUUCACAGCCAAAGCUCAAUGUGAAGAUCCACAUCUUAUGUAAUGCCUUCUUUUCCAAAAUGGUGACGGUGGUGUGACACUGCACUCUUUUAUUUCCAGAAAAGCUUUGUGUAAACUACCACCUGAUCCGUGUGCUGAGGGGACCACCCCUGUUUCUCUGUGAAAGAUCUCUCCAGGCAGGUCUGGUGUUGCUGUAGGAACAGAUGGUAGCUUCUAUUCAGAGAGCUGAACUUCCCUUGUCCUUCGUGGCCAUCCCUGGAAACAUAUUGCCCUUCUUCAGUGAUGCGUCAUGGCUGGCCUGUUUGUCACGAUGUUAAUGACAGCCUGGGUCAUCUUUCUUGACAAGAGGCUUCAAGCCCUAUUUGGGAAGAAUAUUAAGAUAAAGUGCAGUUGGACUGUAGCACUGAGAUUGCAAUGUCUCAGCUGUUUGUGCUGCAUUAACCAGCACUCGGGCGUUGGCUUGAUCUGCUGCCUGAUCCUGCAGUGAUGCCAUAAUACUGAAUUUUGGACUGCCCUGUACAUUUCCAUGGCAACAGACUGAUGUCACAGGCUCAAGGACAUGACUUCAGUGUACGAUCAUGCGGAGGCACGAUCAGAUUUGUGAAGGUGAAAGCUGACUAAUGCACAUCUCAAAAGCCAGCAAGGGGAGUGCAGGUUACGGCUGACCAAGCAAGGUGUUUCAGUAUGAAAAUUCCCCUGUCAGGCAGAGGAGGAUGUGAUGAUGUCUUUAAGGCAGGAACAUUCGGCGCAAUGAGCUUCUGUUUACAGGGGAUAAGCAGACAUCCAGCAGGUCAAGCAGAACAAAUCCAGUGAGCCAGUUCUUCUUCCCAGUUGAGCAACAGAUAAUAUCCCUAACCAAAUUGUGCGAGACAGCUGAAGCCUUUCAGGAAUAGUUGAACAAGUGAAACACUUUGUGAUCAUUUCCAGUACAAAAAUGGAGCAUCAGCAAGGCUGUACUCAACUCUGCAAAACUAAGCAAAGAAGGGAAGCACCUCCUGAUAAGGAUCAGCCUCUGUUAAGAAAUGCUAUGGUAGCUAAGAGGCAUUUCUAGGUGGGAGAGACACUGUGAAGCUCUGUGCAGGGCGAGGAGAGCUGAGGAGGGAGCCUUGCAUGUGAACCAGGAUGGACUGGCUGUGACAGCGUGCCUUAGCUGGAGGGGGAGUUACGAUGAAGAGUUCCUGCAGAGCUGGCCUCCACAGGGAACCACUGAAUUCUGCAUCUUCUACCUUCCAUCAAGUCAAACGGGUUUCUGGUAUGCACUUAAAGCCAUAUCUCAAGUUACAGAGGAAAGAGCGAUCAGAAAUAAGCCAGGACUCCCUCAGAGGCCCACCUAUGACCCAUCAGAGGUUACCCCGAGAAGACAAAUACACCAACAACUGCACCAAACUGAGCGUUUUCCCCAAACCCCCCCUUGUGACUCCAUCUCGAAAGCUUCUGGGAAUUAUUUAUCCAAAUACUAUGUGCAAUAUGAACGGGAAAGGUCCGGCAGAUGGUCUGAGUGCCAGGGAGAAGAAAAACGUCCUGUCGGCAACGAUCCAUCAGGGAGAAGAAGGGGAAGGGCCUCUGGAUGUGUGGGCUGUGGUGAAGCCUGGCAAUACGAAGGAGAAGAUCGCUUUCUUCGCAGCCCAGCAGUGCAGCGGCAACAACCGGCUGGGCUCCAUGAAGCUCAAAAGCACGUGGGAUAUCGAUGGGAGAACAGUGAAACGACGGAAAAAAACGGUAGAUCUGAAAAAAGCCAAGAUCCAAUUGGAAAGAAUGAGGGAGGCGAAUGCCAGGUGCUCCCAGCCAGAGCCUUUUGCGUGCGGCAUCGAGCAUUGCUCGGUGCAUUAUGUGAAUGACAGUGGUGAGGGGGUGUUCCCGGGCAGGUCCCUCUCCGUGAUAGAGAUGGUUGCGUUUCUGGAGCAGCGAGCAAGUGCUUUAUUGGUAGACUGUGCUAAAACUUGCACAUCCGCCUCCACCGCGAGGCUGAGCGCUCCGUCUAAAGGUGCUCUUCCCAGCUCUGACCCUUUCUCUGCCCCCGGGCCGUGUGAGGUACAUGAGAGGGGAAGCUGUGGCAGCAGUGAGCAGCAACAGAGCGAGCCGGUGCGCGUCCUGGACAUGGUGGCCAAGCUGGAGUCGGAGUGUCUGCGGCGGCAGAGCGAGCGGGACGGCGGCAGCCUCUCACGCAACAACAGCUUCCGCAGGAACGUGGGACGGGUGCUCCUGGCCAGCAGCACGCAGCCUGGUGCUGAGCCUGGCAGAGCCUCUGUAGGCAGCGUGGGCCGGGGUGAAGAGCUGGGGGCAGCGGGGGCUGGCUGCGGAGCGAGGUGUGGGGAUGCCGGGCUGUGGGAUGGCGCUGCCUCUGCUCCGCAGCCGUUCCCUCCUGGGUUGGAGGGGAAUGCGGGUUCAGGACUUGCUCACGCUGUGUUGGCCAUUGCGGCUGGAAGGAGCGAUGCUGAAAGGCGGGUUGAGCCUCCCAGAGCUCUGCCAGCCCUGUGUCAGGCUGUGGCUGGGGUGCCGGCGGAUUCCUUGCCGAGCAAGAGCACGAAUGUUGAUUGUAUGUUGAAAGAAGCUGUGAUCCUCUCGAAGCAGAGCCUGCAUCCUGCUAGGAAGGAGCCCUUGUGCAUCAGUAUAUCGGUCACCAAGACUGAGAAGGGGUGCAGGAAAGAGAAGCUCCCUCCCUCCAGUUCGAGUGAAGACCCCGUCCCAGGGAGGUUGUUUUUUCUCCAGGCCGAGCAGAACGCCACUCAUGCACCACAGCCACUGCAGGAGUGUACCCAAGAGAAGCCAGGAGAAGGAGUGCAGAACGAGGACGAGGAUGCUUUGGAAUCUGACAAAUCGUGUGUCAGGACCAAUAUCUCUCCUGAGCCAUCAGCCCUUUCUGUUCCCCCUCCAGAAGGUGCUUUGCAAGUACUCGAUGCUUCCUGCUUGAAACGGCAGGUCUCGCAUGACUUUUUGGAGACCAGAUUUAAAAUCCAGCAGCUUCUGGAACCUCAGCAGUAUAUGGCUUUCCUGCCUCACCACAUCAUAGUGAAGAUCUUCGGCUUGCUCCCUACGAGGAGCCUGGUGGCCCUAAAAUGUACUUGCUACUACUUCAAGUUCAUCAUUGAGUACUACAACAUCAGGCCAGCAGACUCACGUUGGGUCCGCGACCCCCGCUACCGAGAAGACCCCUGCAAGCAAUGCAAGAAGAAGUAUGUGAAGGGGGACGUGUCGCUGUGCCGCUGGCACCCCAAACCUUACUGCCAAGCUUUACCCUACGGGCCUGGCUACUGGAUGUGCUGUCACAGGUCCCAGAAGGGCAUCCCGGGCUGUAAGUUGGGUCUCCAUGACAAUCAUUGGGUUCCUGCCUGCCACAGCUUUAACCGUGCUCUCCAUAAGAAGACCAGAGGAGCGGGAGCCGAAGGAGAAGAGGAAUAUUAGUGCACAUACACUUUCCUGUGAGAUGGUUUGGGGUAGGAGGAGAUUCUCAUGCCUUGUGCUGUUUACAGUGUAUAUAAUUGUCGUGUUUUUCACAGGGCUAUGAAACUGCACAUACUUCAACACAAGAGCCUUUACCUUUUAGAAUAAAGAAAGCUUUUAGUCCAUCUAUGUAAAUAACACUAUAAAAACUAAUUGUACAUACAGAGUCUACAGCUGGCUGAACAACGUAAUCACUACAAUGCAGCUAUGAUAGUGUUGCGGCUAUAGGUGUGUGUGUUUUUACGUGUCUUGUUUCAAAAUCUGUAUAUCCUGUAUAAUAUAUGAAUGUUUCUGAGAAGAAACUCUAAAUAGGUAAAGGCCAACCUGGUUAAAGAAUCUUCAAACAACUUAACUGGACAACCUUAAAACUAGACUAGAACAGAACAUGACAGUAGUGUUGGCAGUGGAGAAAAAAAAGAGAGGAGUAUUAUUGUAUAGUCAGAAUAUAAAAAAGUUCAUGCCUACCUUA